CCAGCUCCUCAGGCUCACAACAAAAAAGGGUCCCCGCAAAGAAUGUCUGAUGCACAUCACUCCAUGGACAGCGACAACAGUAGCGACAUAGAUGAGAAUGAGCUCGAGCGCCGUAUUGAAGAACGGGUUCGGUAUCGACAAGUAUAUAAUGGCAGCGCCAGCAGCAUCAAACUAGUACGACCAUCGUCCUCUUCGAGCAACCUUGCCAACAAUGACGAGUUCCAACGCUUAAGGCAGCAACGCACCAUCCUGCGUUACAACAAUGCUAAAUUAUUCGAUGGGUCGAAUUCGCCUCAAAACAUCUCUACCUAUGGCUUUUUGCUCGGCAUUGUUUGCGGUGGUGGUUUGGUGUUUGCCAUGUUAUGCGAACCGAAGUGGGAGAUUCCACAGUUUGGAUUGUUUUUAGCGGCGCUCGCUUUGUUCCACUUUUUAGAAUAUUUGGCUACAGCUUUAUUUAAUCCUGAUACUCUGACACUUGAUUCGUAUCUGAUCAACCACAGUGCACAUUAUCAUGCAGCGCAUGCAGCAGCUUUCUUGGAAUUUGUUAUUGAGUACUAUUUUUUGCCGUCCUGGAAAUCGUUUAGUCUGAUUAAUUAUCUUGGUCUUGUUCUUGUCACUGUUGGACAAUCGUGUCGUACUAUUGCCAUGUUUUCGGCUCGACAUAACUUUUCGCACCAUAUUGCCGACUCAAAGGACGAAGACCAUGUUCUUGUAACCCACGGUAUCUACAGCAUUAUGCGCCAUCCAUCGUAUUUUGGCUUUUUUUGGUGGGCCAUUGGUAUCCAAUUCUUGCUAUUGAAUCCGAUUUGUCUUGGACUAUUUGUCUACUGGUUGCAUCGAUUUUUUGAUGAGCGGAUUGCUUAUGAGGAAUAUACCUUGCUUCGAUUCUUUGGUGAUCAGUGGACAAACUACAAGGCAAAGACGCCAACAUGGAUGCCACUUAUCCCAUAAGUUUGUUACACACACACACUACACUCUAUCUUUCUUCUCUCUCUCCACAUCAAUCCACCCAUCCAUCCAUCCUUUGAAACCAAAUGUAGACGUAUUCAUCACAUUCUUUACACCGUAAAAAAAGCAUUUGCAUUUUCAUCACCCAGA